AUGACGACAAUCCACAUCAACAUCGUCGUCUACGAAGGCUUUCCACUAAAAUAUCCCGAAUAUCGCCAUACCGUACUCUGGCUCCAAUCCGCCUCCCAAUCCCCCUCUCUCAUAGCGCACAUCGUAGGGAAUCCACAGAAAUUUAAAUUCCAAUGUAGACCGACCUCGAAAGAGCCUCAGGACAGCCUAUUGUACCGCAAACUGAUCGAAUUGGGACCUCCAGAGGUUGCUGCGACUUCGGAAGAGAUUGUUGCAAUACUACAACAUGUCCCUAUCGACAAUUCGGAUCCGAAAUUCAACUGUCAGAUUUGGGUCGAGUUGGCGUUGGGGGAGUUGAAGAAUGAGGGGAUUCUAUCGGAGGAGUCGCAUAGACAAGGUCUGGAUCGGAUGUGGAGUGCAAUUGCUGAUGCGAAAGAUGUAAAGUAG